UUUUGAUAGUGUGAUCGUGAGUUGAACCUCUCCUGUCGCUAGGAAUCAAUUUGUACAAUUCGGUCUUUUGAAAUUGUGAAAAAAAAACAGUGAUCGAAAAAAUGAAUCAGUUCGUAGCCUAUUUGAUAGUAUUAUUCGUAUUUUUAACGCACGUGUGCCCCUUUGUGAAACCUGCUGAAGGAACCUUUCGUCUGCAGAUCUUGCACAACAACGAUUUACAUGUCAGGUUUGUUGAAACAGACGCAUACAGUGCACGAUGUCCAGAGGAGUUCGUCAAACAGAACAAAUGCUACGGAGGAUUCGCUCGCAUGAAAAAGGCAGCAGAUGAUGCUCGACAGCAGGCUAAAAGUAAAGGCGUACCUAGCAUUUUCAUCAACGCUGGUGAUAGCUUUCAGGGUACCCCGUAUUAUACGCUUUACAAAUGGGAAAUUGUCGCAGAACUGAUUGAAAAGCUUGAAAUGGACGUCAUGUGUUUGGGUAAUCACGAAUUCGACGACGGGAUCGAUAACUUGGUCGAAUACCUGAAACAUAUAAAAACACCUGUUGUAUGCGCCAAUCUGAACAUAAGCAGUGAAAAACGAUUAGAUAUGCAAAUCUUGACACCGUCAAAAGUUCUGACAGUGGAAGGAAGAAAAAUCGGAGUCAUCGGAUACUUGACACCUGACACAAAAGACAUGUCGAGUACAGAAAAUUUAGAAAUAUUCCAUGAAAUACCCUACAUACGACGUGAAGCUCAACGAAUGAAGUCUGAAGGCAUCAAGAUCAUAAUCGCCUUAGGACAUUCGGGUUUCGAAUUUGAUAAGAAAAUAGCCGCAGAAGUAGAAGAAGUCAGCCUAGUUGUCGGUGGUCAUUCUCAUUCGUUAUUGUACACACCAGCUGAUAAACCACCUAGUGUCGAAGCAGUGACAUCCGAAUACCCUACAAUGGUGGAACAAAAAUCUGGCAAAAAAGUACCAGUAGUGCAGGCGUACGCUUACAGUAAAUACUUGGGAAAACUCAUGGUCGACUUUGACGACGAAGGUAACGUCCUCAGCGCCACUGGAAACCCACAAAUUCUCGAUUCAACCGUCGCGAAAGAUCCAGAACUUGACAAAGAAGUAGCCAAAUGGACUGCCAAAGUAGACGAGCGCGUCCACAUCGUCAAAGGUCACACGCGUACUUUCUUAGGUAGAUCGAUUUUCAAUGAGGGAAAAUUCGAAUCCACUUUGGCUAAUUUCAUUACCGAUUCUUUUGUCGAUUUUGGAGUACAAAUGGCCAAAGCACGAAAGGAUCCAGCAUGGACCAAGACACCCAUAGCUCUGUAUCAAAACGGAGGUAUUCGUACGAUUAUCGAUAAUAAAAAGAACGAUGGCGCUUUAACCGUCGAAGACAUCAUGACCGUAAUACCAUUUGAAAAUAAGUUGGUUGAAUUGAAAUUACGAGGAAGUACGAUUAGAAAAGCUUUAGAAUUUGCAGUUUCCAUGUACGAUCCAAACAGCAACACAUUCGAUACACGUUAUUUCAUCCAUUUUUCAGGACUCAGAGUAAAGUACGAUUUCACGAAACCAUCCGGUCAGCGAGUUGCAUCGGUGACUGCAUUAUGCAAAAAUUGCGAUACACCGGAAUACAAAGCUCUUCAAGAUGACGAAGUAUACGAUGUUAUAACUGUAUCUUUCUUGGCCGACGGAGGAGAUAAAUUCGAAAUGAUCAAAACUGAAUCUCUCAAUAAAACGAGACUGAGUUUCAUCGAUAUCGAUCCACUUAUGGCUUACGUAGAGAAGAAUCGAGUGGUAUAUCCUCAUCUGGACAAUAGACUCAGCGUUACUGGAUUUAAAUCGAGGAAUCCUGAUGCACCUUCGUCUUCUGCUUUCGUAGUAUCAUCCCAUCUAUCGCUAUCAUCACUGAUUGCAGUUUUCUUUUCGUUACGAACGUUUGUGUCGUAGGACUUGCCAAGUUGUACAUUACAUCAAUUGUAUUUUGUUGUUAGAAAAAUCCAGCAUGCUCCGUAUUAAUUCGAGCAACGAGAGCAUCAUUUCCGACCCAUCUUUCAUUUUUUUAUUUAUAAUUAAGAAUUCGUUUUCAGUACCAUACAUGUCACAUGUCUAAGUGAGUUUAGAUGCAUACAAUUGAUGUACCGAUCUGCCCCCUUCUACUAGUCUCGAGUAAAAUUUUCAACGUUUACUCCUUUAUAUACCUAGCUAAAAAAUAUUAAUUAUAAGCUUGUAACUUAUUCAAGAUGUACCUAGACCUACGUAAAUAGAAUAUCUACGUAAUAAAAAAAAUUUACCAAUAAAUU